AUGUCCAGCUCCAGCUCCAAGGGAAAGGGAAAGGCCUCGGCCGUUGAGGACCACUCGCACGACGACCACGACCACAGCCAGUGCGGUGGCCACCAUGACCACGGCCAUUCGCACGCCGGUCCCAGCGCCGACGACGAGGAGCCCAACUGGCCCGUCGUCACCGCCGAGGAGAUUGAGGAGGACAUGGAGGACCGCGUCCACUUUAUGAACAAGCAGGCGAUCCGCCGCCAGUCGUGUAUCUCUGACCUCGCUGGCAUGGACGCGACGGGCAUGGGUAUCCACCGCGUAGUCCUCCCCGCCGGCCGCGAGAGCACCGUUCUCCACAGCCACCUGGCCGAGAGCGAGUGGAUCUACAUCCUCGCGGGCUCGGGCACACUCGUGCUCGCCCGCCCCGCCGGACACCGGAGCGACGACCUGCGCCCGCCCCAGGCCGGCGCCGUCCUCAUUGAGGAGGUCCCCGUCAAGACGGGCGACUUUGCGGGCUUCCCCGCGGGCACGACGGGUACCCGCUGGGCGCACAAGCUGCGCGCUGGCAACGAGGACAUCCACUACCUCCUCGGCGGCGACAGGAAGAACGUCGACGUGAUCACGUACCCGACCGAGGGCAAGACGCUGCUCUCGCACGAGGAGAGCGGCGGCGAGGCGUUCUUCACGGCCACUGCCGACGAGGCCCAUGCGCUCGCGGACGUUGCCGAGGAGGACGAUGAGGAGUAG